UCGCGCUGUGAACAUCAUCAUCCCCCGUGUGUCCAAAAAUCUCGAAUUAAUUCAUCAAUUUUACGUUGAAAAUCCUUGAAAAAACAAACGUGUGAACUCAUUCUGAAGAAAAAUUGUGUGGUAAUCACUAGCCCAUAAAUCAAUAAUGCUGUCGCUAAUCAUUAAACCGGGGCGAGGGAGUAAAAACAAUGACCUAAGAUUAACGAAGUAGAAGCGAUAAACAAUAGGAGAAAUUAGUACUGGAUGCUGUGGCCUGUGCUGGGUGAUGUUGGGCUAAGUCCCGCAUCGCCACAGGACCCGCCGCCUCCACCCCAGGCCCCGUCCAAAGGGAAAUUCGGUCCACUACUCUUCUGCGCCCCCUGCAAACCCUCUACCAAGAAGAAUCAGAGUACCACACAGUGGUAUGUUCAACAGCCCACGUGGCGUUUAUGGGGCGAGGAAAGGUGUGACGGUGUUAUCUACACGGUGUACCUGAAGAAAGUCCGAUAUCACAGGCCAACAAGGAGUUUAUCCGCUUCGGAUUCUGACGAUGAAAUAUCCCACCUAGAGUGGGAGACAGUCCGCGUGCGUUUCCUGAAAGCAGGAACAGUCCAAAAAUUAGUAGAAAGCCUAGCAAAUGACGAUGGCGAGUUGGAAUCAACCUACAUCAACGUCUUCCUGGCGACGUACCGGGCAUUUACGACGCCUCGCGAGGUACUCGAGCUCCUCCUCUCGAGGUACGACGCACUUGACGAUAAUUCCCCAACGCAGACUGGUGAACAGCACCGUAAAACCCUGGUACAGGCCCUCCACGUAUGGCUGGACGCGUAUCCAGGUGACUGGAAGUCGGCGCCGAGUCAUCCGUUACUCGCGAGACUUUUGGACUUUACGCAUCGACGAUUACCUGGCUCUGAGCUUGAGCUUAAGGCCAGACAUCGACUCCACAGGUUCCAGUGCGAAGAUGAAAUCGACAAUUGUAUCUACGACAAUGGAAGACUGGUCCUCCACAAUUCCUCGGAUUCCCACACCGACCACUGGUCAAAUUACAAAUUCCCCGAAGUCCCUCAUCGUCACUUUGCCGAGCAGCUGACCCGCAUGGACGCGGAAGUCUUCAAAAAGCUCGUGGCCCACCAAUGUUUAGGUGCUGUGUGGUCUCGACGUGACAGAUCACGUAGUCACGACGCAGCAACAGUUUUAGCAACCGUAAAUCAAUUCAACGCCGUAUCACUCAGGGUCAUCUCCACAAUUCUUGUGGAUCCAGCGACAAAACCACAGGAGCGUGCCAGAAUACUCGAAACGUGGAUUGACAUUGCCCAGGAGUUGAGAAUAUUGAAGAAUUUUAGCAGUCUCAAGGCCAUUGUGUCUGGCUUACAGAGUAAUCCAGUUUACAGGCUUGAGAAGUGUUGGCAGUGCAUGCCUAGGGAGAAACACGAGUUGUUUAUGGAAUUGGAGCGAAUAUUUUCGGAGGAAAAUAACGCCUGGACUCAGAGGGAGCUUCUUAUCAAAGAGGGAACUGCUAAAUUUGCUGACACAGCUGGGAGGAGUGACAGGCAUCUCCAGAAAUUAUUUCAAAAACAGAAUACUCAUGCGGGGAAUAUCAGCUAUGGCACAAUUCCAUACCUCGGUACCUUCCUCACCGACCUGACAAUGAUUGACACAGCAAUCCCAGAUACUGUGGCCGAUGGUCUAAUAAACUUCGACAAACGUCGAAAAGAAUUCGAAGUCCUCGCCCGUAUCCGUCUGCUUCAGGGUGCAGCGAACGCCUACCACUUUACCACAGAUCCUCUCUUCGAUUGUUGGUUCCACUCGAUAGUGGUUCUGGAUGAUCGGGAAGCCUAUAAACUCAGCUGUCAGAUAGAGCCCCCACCCCCAGGGAACACUCUGAACCGGAAGAAGAAAUCCAAUGGUCAGGGUCAUCGAAAAAAUGACUCAUUGGCAUCGACCUCAAGCUCCAGUAGUUCUCAGUUCUACUGCGACCUCGAUUCCCUCCCGAGUUCUCCCCACAAUUCCCUAGACAGACGUACAUCGCCCUCCCAGUUGUCCUCCUCAUCCUCCAACUCAUCGUUACCCUCGUUGGACGUCUCUCUGGGCUCUGGAGGGGGCAGCAACACUUCGAGAUUAGCUCCACCAGUUGCAAUAGCAACAAAUGGCACCAGCGCAACCAAUUUAGCCGGCCUCUCCAGUCCCAGUCACUCACACAAGAAUUCACCUGAUUUUUACAUUAUCAAAGUAACUAUGGAGAGCGACAGCGUUGAGACUGAGGGCGUUGUCCUGUACAAAUCCAUCAUGCUGUCCAAUAAUGAACGUACACCGCAAGUCAUUAGGAAUGCUAUGCUGAAGCUGUGUAUUGAGGGCAGCCCAGACCAAUAUACACUUGCUCAGGUAUUGCCUGACAGGGAGAUGGUAUUACCUAGCUCAGCUAAUGUAUAUUAUGCUGUUAAUACUGCUCAUAAUCUUAAUUUCAUACUGAGACCCAGACGUGACCUCAAUGAAUCCACUGCCGAAAGCCCCAAGGGGAAAGUUAAUGGUAAAAGAUAGAUGUGGAAUUGCAGAGUUGCUAAGUUUGAAAAUUAUAGAGGAUUCAGUAAUGAAGUGGUGAAACUUGAGGGGAGACUGUGGCGAAAUUGAAAAGUCCCUGGAUUUUUCUGUAAACGUGAGUCUGGGAGUUCUUACCAAUCGGUAGGAGCCUCUAAAAAGUUUAAAGGAAGCAAACUCUGGAGAGCUUUAAAGUGUAUGAGAAAUCGAAAAGAACCAAAAGUCUGGAAAUCGUUCAAGUGCCUGAAGUUCGAAUCGAUGAAUCUCUGAAUUGAUUCACCCAUCGUUGAUAUGGACACUAGGGUGUGCGUUAGGGCAUCCGUUUCGCAAUUUUUGAUGGGCCGCCCCAUUGAAAGGCUCGAAAUAAAUAAAUAAAUUUUCUUGAAUUUUUAGCUCUCCAUCUUAAUCCUAAAUAAGACGGUUUUUCCCAUAAGAAUAAUUGCAUUAUUGUAUGAUACGAUCAAAAAACGAAAAAUUUCCGUCAAAAGCAGUUCUUUUACUCAGUAAUUUUUCAUCAUAACACGGACAGGAGCCCGUUAUGUCACUAAAAUAGAUUCGAAUUUUCCCUCAAAAUCCCGUGUUAUUCUUAUCAGUAAAAACAAGGCUCUUGAAGGGCAUUUUAGAAUUGAGAUAGAGAGCUGAAAUUUUGAGAGGAUUUUUUUCUAUUUAUUUCGAGUUUUGCGAGGCGGCGGCACGUCAAAAAUUCCGGAACGGGUACUUUUGGAGGGAGAUUGAUAAAAUGUUUUUUUUUAAUUACAAGCAUUUUUUAUAAAUAAUUUAUAAACAAUCAAUUUUCCACCAUACAAAUCAUUUGUUCGGAAUGGUAACAAAUGUAUUCAUAAUCAGAAUUUUACAAGAAAGCGAUGUUGUGCCUAAAAAAUGAGGUUUUCGAAAGUUUAAACAAUUUCAAUUAUUUUUUAUAAACAACGAA